CCAGGUGCCGCGCUGCCAGCUCGGCCCCCCCCCCCUGCGGCGGCUCCCUCCCGGCCUCUCCUCCUACGAGCAGCAUGAAAGCCUUCAGUCCGGUGAGGUCCGUUAGGAAAAAUAGCCUGUCGGACCACGGCUUGGGCAUCUCCCGGAGCAAAACCCCGGUGGACGACCCGAUGAGCCUUCUCUACAACAUGAACGACUGCUACUCCAAGCUCAAGGAACUGGUGCCCAGCAUCCCGCAGAACAAGAAGGUGACCAAGAUGGAAAUCCUGCAGCACGUCAUCGACUACAUCUUGGACCUGCAGAUCGCCCUGGACUCGCACCCCACGAUCGUCAGCCUGCACCAUCAGAGACCUGCACAGAACCAGGCGUCCAGGACGCCGCUGACCACCCUGAACACGGACAUCAGCAUUCUGUCUUUGCAGGCGUCUGAAUUCCCGUCUGAGCUUAUGUCGAAUGAUAGCAAAGUACUCUGUGGCUGAAUAAAUCGGAGAACAAGUUGAAUGGACCUUUUUAAAAAGAAAAGCAAAAUGGAAGGAAAACUGAGUGAUCAUCUUCUUCCCCAGGAGUUCUCCAACCUGGACUGUGAUACCGUUAUUUAUGAGAGACUUUCAAAGCCCUUUCUACAGUUGGAAGGUUUUCUUUAUAUACUAUUCCCACCAUGGGGAGCGAAAAACGUUACAAAUCACAAGGAAUUGCCCAAUCUAAGCAGACUUUGCCUUUUUUCAAAGGUGGAGCGUGAGCACCCGAAGGAUCCAGUAUUCGGUUACUUAAAUGAAGUCUUUGGUCAGAAAUGGCCUUUUUGACGUGAGCCUACUGAAUGCUGUGUAUAUAUUUAUAUAUAAAAUAUAUAUAUAUAUAUUGAGUGAAACCUUGUGAACUCUUUAAGUUUUCUUGUAUAGUGGCAGAAAUCCCUAUUUCUGCAUAAAAAUGUAAUGACGUACUUAUGCUAAACUUUUUAUAAAAGUUUAGUUGUAAACUUAACCCUUUUAUACAGAAUAAAUCAAGUGUGUUUAUUGAAUGUUGAUUGCUUGCUUUAUUUCAGACAACCAGUGCUUUGAUUUUUUUAAUGACGCUGUUAUAACUGAACCCAAAUAAAUAAAUACCAGUUCAAAUUUAUGUAGACUGUAUUAAGAUUAUAAUAAAAUGUGUCUGACAUCAA